UCACUCUUUGAUUGCUUCAGUCAGUGCAGCUUCAGGUUGACACAGGUUUCUCUGAGACAGAAAGGUCAGUCACUGGAUCUCGCCACAUUCGAACUGGGCAAAGGAGAACAAAUAAAAAAAACCCUGGAAGAAUUUCUUGUGGCUACAGCUUUCAGAGGAUGUGGAGUUUUCAUUCUGACAGUCUGCUCUUUCCCCAACUUCAUUUUUGAGCGAGAAGGAUGUGUUUCAGGACAUACUGUGAACUUUAACAGCCACAGGAAUAGAGGCAUGAGCUGGAAGCCCAUUGCCAUUGACUAGUAAUCAAGAUGGGAUCUAGAAUGAAAGGGCUGGAGUUUGGGGCUGUCAUUUGGAGCUGCUUUUUGCUGCUGCUUCCUUUGCCAUGUGGAAGUGUGCAGCCCUCAUGUCCAGUAGAAACAGUGAGAACAGAGCUACAGAUUCCAACUUUAACAGCUUCCCAACUGACCUUCAAUAGCGCCUUUAUGUCUCCGUUUGUAAAUUCUUUCCUGAGCUCUGUCCAACCCAAUCCUUUUCCUAAAGAUCUGGUGGUUAGAAUGAUACGAGACAAAAGUGUAAUCACACAAGGAGACACCGUUAAAGAGGUGUUGCAAUAUGAGAUAGGUUUCUUGGUCUGCGUAGCCAUUGGGAUCCUCUACAUCGUCCUCAUGCCUAUAACUGGCCUAAUCUUUGCCUGCUGCCGUUGCUGUGGUAACUGCGGGGGUCGCAUGUACCAGGAACAGAAAGCGAGAAUCCAUUGCAAGCGGAAAAGCUUUUAUUGGUCCACAUUUUUCAUCACUGCACUAAUUAUGGCUGGAAAUGUUUGCAUGUUCCUUGGCAGUACAAACACUUCAGAGACUGUGAUGCACAGCUCCAGUGAAGUCAACAACAUAUUGGAAAAUCUCAAAGGCUAUCUUGCCUCUGUUCCUAAGCAAGUCCAACAAGUGAUGAAUGAGAGCUCUAAGACCAUGGAUGAGGUCAAAUAUAACUUAAAUGAAAUUGGGCCUUUGCUUGGCAAAUUGAUCCAGAAUGGUCUUGAAGGUCCCCUGAGCCCAGCACUGAACUCCAUAACGGAAAUAGCUCAAGUGAUAAACAGCACCAGUGUUGGACUGCUGCAGUUUAAUAAGACUAUGGAGCAGUUGAAACCAAAGGUGGAUGAGCUAGCUGUUAAUUUAUCUGCAUUGUCGCAGCGAAUUAAUACCACUCUACACAAGCCAGAUUGUGUAAACUGCACUUCCCUUCAGCCAGAACUGGACAAACUAUCUGUGGAUGCAAAUCUUGAUUUUCCUGAUCAAAAUGACCUGAGGUCUGCUGUGAACAAGGCAGAGAAUGCUGACAUCAUUGGACAGGCAAAUAAGGGGAGAGACUUCUUUGACAGCAUUCCACAGAAUGUGAGAAAUGAGACCAGGCAAAGUGUGCAGAUGGCUCUAUUGGAGCUUGAAAAAUUACAAAUCCAGAUCUCAGGCAUAUCUAAAGAUCUUCCUCUUGAUGCACUGAAGAAUAUCUCAGGCCCAUUAACUGACGUGCAGACAUCUAUUUCUAAUUAUUCUCCACAGUUUGAGCUGUCAAGUAAAAUCAGCCAGGCUGUUGGAUUGGUUCUGAGCUGUCUGAUCUUGUUGGUGGUGGUGUGUAAUUUGUUGGGUCUGCUGCUGGGUCCGGUUGGACUACAGCCAAAAGAUAACCCCACCGAACGCUCCUGCACAUCCAACUGUGGAGGAAUAUUCUUCAUGAUAGGAGUAGCAUUCAGCUUCCUGGUCUCUUGGAUCUUUAUGAUUGUGGUGCUGAUACUUUUCAUAGUAGGAGGGAAUACUUACAGCCUUGUCUGUAAACCAUGGGAGAACAAUGAACUCAUCAAGGUUGUUGAUACUCCAGGGCUGAUCCCAGGGUUUGACCUGGCUAGUACGCUAAAUCUGAAGACAAACCUGACAAUUGUUAAUGUGUACAAUGAUUGCAAAAUGAAUAAGCCUUUAUGGACCACACUUCAUCUGAAUGAGCUUAUUGACCUAAAUAGUAUUUUAAAUGUUUCACAGUACACUGGGCAGAUCUAUCAGACCUUUGACAAGGCCCAAAUCAACAUAGCAAAUAUCACAAUCCUCACUCCGGAGAUAAAGUCCCAGCUACGCAACUUCUCUGGCAGUGCAAGCACUAUGAACUUUAGCAGCAUCAUGCAGCAGAUCACUAAUUUUUCAGAGACUAAUUUGAAUUUAGUUGCUGAAAGUUUGGAUGUCUUGGCUUCCAAACAGAGCAACCAAAAUAUCACAGAUGAAUUGCAUGGGGAAGCAAAAUAUCUACGAGACCUCCAGACUGGGAUUACAUCUACCAUUAUGCCCUUGCUGCUGGAGCUGAACUCCACCAUAAAGAAUCUGAGUGCAAUAGCCUCACAAAUCAAUGCAACUGUGGAGAACGUUCUCAUGAAAGUUGGCUAUGCCCAGGACGUCCUGAACUACAACAUAUCACAAAUAGUGAAAAGUAUGAGCAGGACAUUCAUAGACUGUCAGUUGGAAAUAUUUCUGGCAUACAUUCAGUGGGCAAACCAAACGAUUACAGAGAAGGUGGGUCGCUGUGGGGCUGCAGUUGAAACAGUGGAAAGAUCAGCAAAGUUGAUAUGUUCUCACUUUGUGGCGGCUUUGAAUUCCUUUUGGUUCAGUUUGGGUUGGUGUAUGAUAUUCCUCAUCCCCAGCAUAAUUUUAUCAGUUAAACUGGCAAAAUUCUACCGCACGAUGAAGUAUGCAGAUGUUUAUGAAAACAACCACAUCAUGGUGAAUCCUUUUCCCAGGGCUCAACUCAACCAUCAAACAAUGGAAAAUGGGAAACCCAUGUACUUAAAUAAUUAAAAAAAAUAAAUAAACUUGACUUAUGCAUGGAUGAACAUUUUCUCAAAACAAAUCCACACACACCUAAAUUUGAGAGUUUAGAAUUCCAGUUAUGUCUUUAGUUUUUUGUUAUGAGUAUUUAUCUGUACAGUGCUGCCCUACAAAGGCAAAACACACUGAAGCUGAGAAAAUGGCUUCAGUUUUUGGUUUUAAUGUAGUUACUGGAAUUUUUUUUCUCUGAAUCUGAGCAUAGUAGUGCCAAAACCGGCAUAGUCUAAAUCUUGACAAAAUGUGUAGUUACUGCAUUUUGCCUUUAUUUUGCCUUUGCUCUGCACUGUAGACAAUGAAUGUAGGUAACAUAAUGCCAGAGAAGCAACAUCUAGUGCAGUGGAAUGUAUCUUGAUUUCUUAUGUCAAAAAACAUUUUAGCAUUUAAUGUUUAUGUUUAAUGAAAAAUACAAAUUGUUACCACUGUAUUAUUAUUAUUAUGUUUUUUAUAAGACAUGGGAUACUUCAUAUGCCAUUGUCUGAACCGUGGAUUUAGGAUGGCCCACACUGAACCUCACUGAAAUUACUGGCCAGGUUGAACUGCGAUGCACCUCACUGAUUUCUGCCUGCAUCUCCUCAGUCUAUUGAUGGACUACACUCUUGAAAUGGAAUGCAUAGACUAACAAUUGCCAAAAAAAAAGCCUUCAUCAGCCAAUUAACAAGGACAAUUAUGUGAACUUCUGCAGUUAAUCCAGGAUGGACUUCAAAGACAUUGGUCAUUAAUCUUACAGUUCAAACAAAAUCUAUGUUUAAACACUGACCCUUAACACUUACUUAAUUUAAUAAUUUUAAUCCAUGACUUUAACGAUACAUAAGUAAUAAUGUCAUUAUAUUCAUGAUGUUAGCCAGAGGGGAACUGGCCCCCACAGUGAUUCUGGUUUCUCACAAGGUUAUUUUUCUCCAUUAAUCAACAUCUUAUGGAGUUUUGAGUUCCUUGCCACAGUCGCUUUCGGCUUGCUCACUGGGGUAUUAAUACAAUUAUUAUUUAAUUACUUAUUUUUUACAUGAUUAACAAUCAGAUUUUAUCUAAUUACACAAUGAUUACUCAUCGACAUUAUAGAAUUACAGUUUUAUUUUCUGUUAAUGCCCUAUCUUCUGUAAAGCUGCUUUGAAACAAUGUGUGUUGUGAAAGGCACUAUACAAAUAAAAUUUUAUUGAAUUGAAUUUUUUUUUGUAUAGUAAGGCAACCAUGUGAGUUCAGGUUUUAGAAAGCACUUGAUGUGGUCCUGCAGGCAAGGGAUUUAUUCAUGCCAUCUUUUUUGUAAGAAAUAUGUAUAUUCUGUUAAGGACGUACAACUGACAUAGUGAAUUUGAAUGUAUGUUCUCUUUUUUUAAGACAAAACAUUUCCAUCAGAUGACUGUUUUAAUGAGGAAUUCUUAAACUAACUAGACAGUUAAUCACUAACUGUGCUAUCACCUCUCUUUGAAGAAGUACAGUCUUGUUAAACAUUUCUAUCCAGCCUCAUGAAUUAACCACAACUCUUUGUUUGUAAUAAAGGUACUCACAUUACCAUGCUGAAUUUAUUUGU